UGAUAAACUUAUUAAAUAGAGUUUAUUUGCGUGUCUCUGUUUUGCAUUUGUUUUGAGCCUGCCUCGUGUCUUAAUACCUCCAAAACUAUGACAACAGCCACAGCAGAUAUAGCCCUGAUUGGGUUGGCAGUUAUGGGCAAGAAUCUGAUCAUGAACAUGAACGAUCAUGGCUUCACAGUCUGUGCAUUCAACAGGACUGUCUCGAAAGUAGAUGAGUUUCUGCAGAAUGAGGCGAAGGGAACUAAUAUCAUUGGCGCCACUUCACUUGCGGAUAUGGUGUCUAAGCUGAAGAGACCGAGGCGAGUGAUGUUGCUAGUGAAGGCGGGCUCAGCCGUGGAUGAUUUCAUCAAUAACCUCACAGCUCUGAUGGAACCAGGAGACAUCAUCAUAGACGGAGGCAACUCCGAUUUCAACGACUCAACCAGGCGCUGUAAGGAGUUAGCGGCCAAGGGCUUUCUAUACGUUGGAACUGGUGUUUCGGGCGGAGAGGAUGGAGCCAGAUAUGGACCCAGUCUGAUGCCGGGCGGAAACCCAGAAGCAUGGCCACACAUCAAAGACAUCUUCCAGUCUAUUGCGGCCAAGAGUGAGGGGGAGCCCUGUUGCGACUGGGUGGGGUCGGAGGGGGCGGGGCACUUUGUGAAAAUGGUACACAACGGAAUAGAAUAUGGAGACAUGCAGCUCAUCAGCGAGGCUUAUCACCUGUUGAAGUCAGUGUGUGGACUGUCUAAUGAUGAAAUCAGUGCAGUUUUUGAUGAGUGGAACAAGAGUGAACUGGAGUCAUUUCUCAUCGAAAUCAGUCGAGAUAUUAUGAAGUUUAGAGACACAGACAAUGUUCAUUUAGUAGAUAAAAUUCUGGAUUCAGCCAGUCAAAAAGGAACUGGAAAGUGGACCGGAAAAACUGGACUAGAUAUGGGAAUCCCGAUCACAUUAAUCGUAGAAGCAGUUUUUGCAAGGUGUCUAAGUUCGUUUAAAGACGAAAGAGUCAAAGCCAGUUUGCUACUCCAAGGACCAAAACCGAAAUCAGAGAAUGUAGCCAACCCCUUGGAACAUCACAAGAAACUGAUAGAUUCGAUUAAGUUGGCACUGUAUGCUUCCAAGAUCAUUUCGUAUGCUCAGGGAUUCAUGUUGAUGCGAGCUACUAGUCAGGAGUAUGGAUGGACGCUAAACAUGGGAGGUAUCUCUCUGAUGUGGCGAGGAGGCUGCAUCAUCCGCAGUGUGUUUCUGGGUAGGAUCAAAAAGGCAUUCACCACCAACCCCACGCUAGACAAUCUACUCCUCGACGACUUCUUCAACCAGGAGGUUGCCAGGAGUCAAUUGAGUUGGAGGGAGGUGUGCUGCACCGGAAUUAUGAAUGGAGUACCCAUGCCUGCAUUCUCAUCAGCUUUGGCUUUCUACGACGGAUACAGGUGUGACAAACUACCCGCCAAUCUCCUACAGGCUCAGCGGGACUACUUUGGUGCGCACACUUACGAACUUCUAGACUCCAGAGGACAAUUUCAUCACACUAACUGGACGGGACAUGGGGGAACUACAUCUGCGUCUACCUACAAUGUUUAAGGAGAGCGGUGGAACAGAAAUCACGUGAUGAAGAUUGAGGGAUCAUUUGAACGAUGAAUGAAGUUUUGACUUGUCACGACUAAUCUUAUUACGGAAUAAACAUAGAAAAUUGUAAUAUGACAGGCAACGAAAGUUCUAUCAGGUUUCUGAACUUUUUUGUUCUGAUCUUUCUCAAAGAGUAAUGGGCUUCUAAAAACAAAAAAUGACCCAAACUAUAAAAGUUGGUUAAAGACUUAAAAUAUUUCAAUGGAAAAUUCACAAACUCGUCCUAACGAUCGGUUUUGUUUCUUUUCGUUUUUCUCAGAAGAAAAUCUUGAUUUCAUAUAAGUUUUUGGUUCACAAUAAACAAACUUUUGCUGCCUUUUUGUAUCAGCAUUGACCGAGUAAUCGUUGAUGAAUUGUUUAAUAAUUGGAUGUGAAUUGUUUGCUACUGUACUGAGAGGCAAAUGUUUUGCUGAUUUCCAACGAUAAUUAAGUUUGCUAUAUAGACAGUUUAUAUUUCCAGAAUAUAUUUGUUUUCCCAUAACAAUAAAAUAAUUUUCAGCUGA